GAAUUGGAAACGAUUGAAGAACAAUGGCACGUCGAAACCAAAGAGCUGAUGGACCUGGUGAAUCGAUUGCAAGAGGAAAAUCGUCGUAUUAAGCAAAGUGAAUAUAAAAAUGCCAACGAUAGUAUUGGCGAUGGGAAGCAAGUGCCAAAACCGGAACAAAGCACAAUUUCAAAUCUGUUGAACGAAUCAGAUUUUCAGAAACUAAAGCGAUUACGUGGCCAAAUGGAGAAGCAGCGUGACGAAUUAAUGUGCCGUGACCAAGAAAUUGAAGAGAAAAAUACCGAAAUUGAAAAUUUUUCAAUUCAGUUGGAGCGUUUGAAGAGUUCUGGACGUGAGUCACGAAAACGGCAAAAAUUGUUGCAGGCUCAAGUACAGAAACUUCUUGACGAGAGAUCCGAUUUAUUGGUCCAGAUUCAAGAUCAAAAACGUGAAAUCAAUGUACUGCGACGCAGCUUGGGUUUCGGCGGCAAUGAAAUUGUUGAUUUAAAAAAAGCAAGUAGCGCUGGAUGCUCUCUACUUUCGAACGAUGAUUUGAAACCAUUGCUUAUGGAACGCGAUAGUCUAAAAGCCAAAGUGGAGGAAUUGGAAUGUGAAUUAAAGCAAUUCAAACCGGAUGUAAUGCAUGAAAUAAAAUUGAAUAGUAAAAUCGAGGAGAAGACACCCGAGGAAAUUCCAAAUGCGGAGAAGAAGGAGGAGGAAGAAGAAGAUCCGCCUGUUCAAGGCCCAUUGCCGUAUGAACCGGACGAUGCUCCAUGGAAGAGGGCGAGUGAAGGGUCUGGCGUGAGGAAGUUUUUUCGUAAGCUUUUUGCCGAGCAGAGCAAGUCAAGUUUUCAACGUGGUAAGAUAUCGACCCUAUCUAAGAUGGGCCUAUCUUCUAGUCCUAGUCGCAGCGUUACCCAUUAAACAAUCCACAGCACCUACAAUCAGCAGCAGCUGGGUCAUACAAUUUGCAUUAUCACAGUACUUCAAUCGACGCGAUGCUUCCAAAAAUAUUUGGUACAUCAAAUGACGACCAUUAAAUAAACAAAGAGAAAUUAAAUUAGACCAAAUGCGAUAUUUUCAACACACACACACCUGAUAUUCGUUUUUGAACUAAAAGUACCAUUUAACCACUAACAUAUACAUACAUAUGAUAGCCGGAAUCAUAAAAUAAUCAAAUUCCAUUGAGAGAAUCAGAGAGUGUAGUGAUAUUAGAGAGUGAGAGUGAUUUUCCAUUUUUCUGGUAUAAGAAUUUAUAUACUAUACAUAGGCAUAUCUUCCUAAGGAUGUGAUCAUUAUUGGACAAUUCCAAGUGUAUUUUGUUUUUGUUUCGAAUUUUUGGUUACAAGUGUGUCAUGAGAUAAACAGUAUUUUCAAAUUAAAUAAGAGAAAUCGUUUUGAUAGAAUUGAAAAAACCUCACGAAGAAUUCAUGUGUUUAUCAAUCAAUAUACAAUAAAUACGAACAAUAUUUCAAUUGUAAUCUGAAGUUUUAGAUGAUUUAUUCAAAGGAGGUUCUUUUGCAUCAAGUUGAAGAGAUUUUUUAUUUUUAGAAUUUAGUAGAGUGUGAUUUUCUUACCUGUUUUGUUUGAAAAGAUGAGAAUCAGACUGUGAAUAACCUGACUUUACAUUAACUUCAUGUUGUUAUUUACUUCAUAUGCUAUAUCCAUGACAAGAUAAUUAAAAAAGAAUGAAAAUGUGAAACGUAGACGUAGGAUUGAUAUGAAACAUGUUUAUUAUUGACUUUUAACCAUACCAACUAAAUAUCACCGGCGAGACAAUAUUGUCCCCCCACCCAAAAAAAAAAACUAGCAUAUACUAAAAGUAUGAAUACGCCAUGGAAUAAUUUCCGGCGAAUAAAAUAUGCUGAAUCCAACAAAACAGCCCCAUGUUUUUGUUCAUUUUGCACGGGCAUUGUUGUUUCAAGUAUUUCAACAGUAGAUUGUUUUGAAUGGAUUCAGCAUUGAUAUGCACACAUGUCAACUAAUUAAAUACGAAAACAAUUAUUGUAGAUCAAAAUUUAAACGCCUUCACUUUGUAAUGAUUUAAUUCAUAAAAUGGGCAGAAGAUUUUAUUAAAAGCAACGAAAUAAAAUUGGGUUUUAAUUUAAAA